AUGGUGGUAGUUGCUCCCGUCGCCAUGACUAACCUCGCUGUGCCUGCCUCUUCCGACCUCUCUUCUGACCAGAAGAACGACGACACCGAUGUCGAUAUUGAUGCCCACCGCGACAGCAACCUCGAGAUCCGCCAAGCUGACCAAGACCCCUAUGUCCAGCACGUCGUUCAGACUGUCGAGCUCAUUCAGGUAGUCGACGCAUCCGGCAACCCAGUCACUCUACAAACCGUACUACCGCCUCCCGGGACCGUGGUCGUGGACCGCGCGUCGGGGGAGACGAUAUCCGUCAUUUCAGCACCAGGAGCGUCGUGGACGGCGAUACAGCCGUCCGCAUCAUCUGUCUCGUCGGGAGGCGUCAAGGUCGAGGCGUCCCUUUCGGUUAGCCUCAGCCUGCCGAUAGAGCCAUCUGUAACGGCGUCGGCUUCCGUCUCGGUCUCCUCCGCCUCGACAGAUGUCUCCGCGCCAUUGAUCACGUCGGGAGCGAGCGACACCCCGAUACCAGCGAGCCUGUUGCCGGAAACGAGCAACUUCCUCACACCAUCAGCGGGCGUCUCGCUCAAUGAAACAAACUCGCUGCCCUCCCAUAACUCAACGUCAACGCCCACCACACCUCUCAGCCAGAGCGCUCUACAACUGGACACCUACUUGUCCACCCCCUCGUCUAUAUCAUUCACAUCCACAUCCGACGAUGAGUUCCGAUCCUUCAUCUCCAGCUCAAGUAGCGGCUACACCUGGGACUCAUCCUUCUCCACGUCACUCCCGUCGACAUACUCGGACAGCGAGACGGCCUCAUCAGAUGUCAUUGGAUACAGCGGCACUGGUGCUGAUGGCGCCCAGCCAACCGAUUCGGAAGACGCACAGACAGAUACCGACAACACGGACGACGACAGUGGUGGCGGUAUAGCACCUCUGACUCCACAGCAAAAGACCAUUGUCGGAGGCGUUGUCGGGAGCGUGGCCGGCGUGGCAUUCCUGCUGUUGCUCGUCAUGAUGGGGAUCAAGUGGAAGAAGCGAAGGAGUCAGGUGACCGAGCUUCUUGGAGAGCAAGGCACACGGGAAAUUGCAGGUCGCGGCGGCCCGCCGACAGGAGGCAGCAAUGGGGGCGCAGACGCGAUGGAAGAGCGCCCCGGCACUGGGUUCUCCGUACCGGGUGCGUUGGCCGCAUUGACGAGAAAAAGCCAGCAUGCGCCUGGAGAGGCCACCCGCUCAGGCGAACGGGGUUUCGUCCGCGUGUCUGGCAGGAAGUUGCCCUCCGUCCUACAGCACGGCGGUGAUGGCUACUCGGACCCCCGCGCCAGCACCAUGAGCGGAGAGUCUGACUACUGGCGCGGCUCGCAGGCCUUUGACCCCGGCGCGACAGCGCCGCGACUCGCGCUCGGUACACCGAUGCGCCCCGUGAGUGGCGUGCCGAUCAUACGCUCAGGACCCGGGCGACAAGCGGUCGCAGAGCAUAAUCCAUUCGCUGACCCGCCGAGCCCUGGGCCGCCCCCGAGCGGACCGCUACCGCCUCCACCACUGUCGAGAGACGGGCUGGGACGGAGUCUGACGAGCCAGGAUGGGUCGAGAGGGUCAGGCUCGAGAUUUCAAGAGAACAUCUGA